UUCCGUUUUGACCUUUAAUUCCUCUCGAAAUUGAUUGUGAUUAAGUGGGAAGAGAAGAAAAUCAAAUCCUUGAAAACCCAUUUUAUUUCUCACAAAAUGGUUGCCAAAUCUCCACUAAAACUGAAGAAAAUGGCAAAUCCACCGCUCAAUUCUAAUCUAUUGAGAGAAACAGUCAAGAAGGUGGAUCGAUGUAUGGCUCGAUUACAAGAGCUUCAGUAUACAGUUGCAGGUGGAAAUAAGGUUAUUUCUGGUGUUAGUCUUAGUCCACGGAGUACAAGAGCUUAUUUGAAAACUAGUAUUCGCUGCAAACAAGAAUCUCUUAGGAUGAAGAACUCAACCGCAUCUCGAAAGUCUCCGGUUGGAAAAUUUCAAGGUUCCUUACAGAGUAAAUGCGGGGAAUGGCGUCGUAUGUCAUUGCCUGCGAUGCUGGUUGGAGAAACGGUAGGAGAGAUUCUUCAAGCCAGUCAAUUUGCAAGGGAAGUAGUUGAAGCUGUUGUUGUGAAGACAAAGAAACCUGCGGCAGAAGAUCCCAAAACUCCUAUGAGUCGAGUUAGGAUUUCAAAGUCACAGCCUGAAUGCACGGAAAUGAAAGCAAGAAGAAAAAGAGAGAAACAAGUUGCAAUGCAGUCUAUUCGAUCAGAAUUGGAUCCACCACGUCUUCAGAGGUGCCGAUCACGUAUCAAUUUCAAGCUCUCUCCUAACAAAAGAGAAUUCGGAAAAGAAAAUUGGUACACUGCCAAUCGUGUAUCCCCCAAGAAUAAACCUUGGGCUAAGAAGACUGUUCUGUUUCCUAACCCAUUGUUCCUUUCAUCACCAUCCAAUCACCAACACAAAUUCUGUAAGACACGAUCUCCGAUAAUUGCAAGACCCCGACCAACAACUCCCCAUAAAUUCUUGAUUAAAUCUCCCCCUUCGAAUUCAAAAUUUCAGGUGAAGAUCAAGACUACUCAAGUUUCUUUGUCUCCAACAAGAUCCACAUCAGCUUUGAGCAAAAAAUCCCCAAAGGUUUCUACAGCUUCCAAGAUAAGAAGAUCAUUUUCACCCUCAAAACUGGCAAACAAAUUGGAUUCACCGCUAAGGAACAAAUCAUCAGCGCAACAAAAGGGUGGUGGAAUGAUGAGUGGAUUGAAACAGCGACCGUUUUCAACUCCUGUGAGAUCAUCCUCUUCCAACUGGAGAGUUUGAAGGGGUUCCUCCGUAUUUGUUUGAAUUUGGUUCAGAUAUUUCCUCGAUGUCAAUAUUGGUUGUGUGGUAUUAAUUUAAUUUUUAUAUCUACACAUUUGUGAAGUUGUUUCAAUAAACAAAUUUGUUUUCCUUGUAAAUUUGGUUAUAUAAA